AUGUCGAAGAGUGCAGUAGAUAUGAAGCAGGUUCCGCCGCCGGAUGAGGAGGAAGAGUUGCUUGCGAAACUAGUAUUUGGGGAUACAACUGAUUUCCAUUCAGGCCUGGCCGACUUUGACACUGAGUUUGCCUUGAAUGAGGAGAAGAAACUUAAUGAGGAGGACAAUAUUGCAGAUGGCGAGAGUUCAAGUGGCAGCGGUGAGGAUGAAGAGGGAGAUGCCAUGGAGCAAUUAGCAGAUGACCAACUGUUCUACGUCGAUGACGGUGAAGGUGACGGUGAAGAGAUGGAUGUUGAUGACAAUGGCGAUAGUGCAUCUGAUAAUGACGAAGGAAUGACUAGUGACGAGGAAGAAGAACAAGCGUGGGUGGACUCCGAUGAUGAGAAAUUGUCGGUACCGAUUACCUCCAAUAACAGGACAAAGAAACUGAGACAAAAUUACCAGGACAGUCAUAUUAGUGGUGCUGACUAUGUGAGAAGAUUAAGAGCUCAGUUUGAAAAAAUAUAUCCCAGACCACAAUGGGCUGAUUCGAUCUCUGACAGUGAAGGUGAUCUGAGCGAUGGCGACUACGAUAGCAACUCAGAACAACUGAACUCUGUGAUAAAUGGUGACGUAAAUGCCUUGUCAAAGAUAUUGGAGAGUACAUUUACAUAUAGGGAUAAUAUAACAACCAAACUCUUACCGGAAAAGAGCUUGGAUAUACUGAGAUUAAAGGACGCCAAUGCCAGUCACGCAUCACAUUCGGCAAUCCAAUCGCUUUCCUUUCAUCCUUCCAAACCACUUUUACUAAGCGGUGGUUACGAUAGAACUUUAAGACUUUAUCAUAUCGAUGGUAAAUCUAAUCCAUUAGUUACAAGUGUGUACUUGAAAGGCACUCCCGUGCAAACUUGUUGCUUUUACGUUUCUCAUAACAACACCUCCAGCAAACUGCCACAAGAGCAAAAAAUAUAUACAGGUGGUAGAAGACGCUACAUGCAUUCUUGGGACUUGUCUGCUUCCUUCAACAAUGCCCGUUCUGAAAAGGCGGCAUCAGUCGCCAAGAUUGAUAAAUUCUCCAGAAUGUAUGGUCACGAAGAGACCCAGAGAUCCUUUGAGAAGUUUAAAGUUGGUUAUCUAUAUAACUUUACUACCAAUUCUUCUCAAGGUAUAGUUGUAUUACAGGGUGGUAGCGGUUGGAUAAAUAUCAUCGAUGCAAACUCUGGUGUUUGGAUAACUGGAUGCAAGAUAGAAGGAAAUCUGGUCGAUUUCUGCAUUGACUAUCAGCCAAUAUCGAAGGGUAGAUUCCAGACAAUUCUAAUUGUUACAAACACUUAUGGUGAAAUAUGGGAAUUCAAUUUAAGCAAAAACAAUGAAAUAAUCCGCAGGUGGAAAGACAAUGGUGGUAUCGGUAUUACCACCAUCCAAGUUGGUGGUGGUACAAGUUCAGAUCACUUAUUACCAAUGAGUUCUAGAAAAAUAAGACAAAACAGAUGGCUAGCAAUUGGUAGUGAGAGUGGCUUUGUAAAUGUCUAUGAUAGAAGUGCCAUUCGUAGUAACGCAGAUCUCAAAAACGCAGCCAUUUCUCCAAUUGCCACAUUAGAUCAACUAACGACCUCUAUUUCCUCAUUGAACUUUUCUCCUGAUGGCCAAAUCCUUUGUAUGUCAUCCAGAGCUAUAAAAGAUGCCUUAAGAUUAGUACACUUACCAUCAGGGAAAGUUUUCUCGAAUUGGCCCACAAGCGGUACCCCAUUGGGUAAAGUGACAAGUGUUGCCAUUUCAUCUAAUGGUGAAAUGUUAGCGGUAGGUAACGAACAAGGUAAGAUCAGAUUAUGGAGGCUCAACUUCUAUCAAUAG